AGAAGAAGAAGGGGAAGUUGUGCGGGUUUGCUAAGUAACUAGCAUGCUAGCUGUAGCCUCACCUUAAAAAGAUGUGAAUAUUUAUACAAAAGCGAACCAAUCAACCAGCUGCCAGUGUGAUAUUUAAAAUAUAUGUUAUUUGAAGACUACAUUUUAAACAUCAGUACUGAAAUUAAACUGGAAAAAAAUAAAUAAAAAGAAUCCACAAACACAACAAAGGGACUUGUAUCAACUUCCGUGAAGUUCCGCUGCUCCGAACGUUUGUACAUCUGCGAUUUCAUGCUAGCAGCACAAGCUAAUGAGCUAACGAGUCAGCUGAUGCCCUCACAUGACAGCGGUCUCUUCGGCUCCGGUCCCCGUUCCCCGGUGCUGCUGCUGCGGUGGCGUGACAUUAGUCCACACGGCCGGUUCCACGCGACGGACACCGUCAUGUUGGAGUUGUUCUAGGGGCCACGCGGGGACGAAGGACGGGUCCACGAGCGGCUAACUGAUGCUAAAAACAAACUAGUUGACACAAAGAGGAGAGCGUUGUUAGCUACGCGUCUUCAGCAGGUGGAUGUGCUGUUCUCCGCGGUAGAUCUCUAUAAUUCACUUCCUCAAGUCGUUUCCACAAAGAGUUUCCAAAAUGACUCCGGAGGGGAAGAUGCUGUUGAACAUCGUCAUCUUGGGCUUCGGCUUCAUGUUCAUGUUCACUGCCUUUCAGACAUGUGGCAACAUAGAGCAAACGGUCAUCAAGAGCUUCAACAGCACAGAGUUCCACGGGAGCGGAUACACGAGCAUGGCCAUCAUCUAUGGGGUUUUCUCGGCAUCCAACCUGAUCGCCCCGUCAGUGGUGACUGUGAUUGGACCGCAGCUCUCCAUGUUCUUCAGUGGACUUUUGUACAGCGGCUACAUCGCCAUGUUCAUCUACCCAUACACCUGGAGCUUCUACACUGCGUCGGUGUUGGUCGGAGUAGGAGCAGCAGUGCUCUGGACGGCUCAGGGAAAUGUGCUCGCCAUCAACUCCACGGACAACACCAUCGGAAGGAACAGCGGCAUCUUCUGGGCGCUGCUGCAGUUCAGCUUGUUCUUUGGGAAUCUCUACAUAUAUUUCUCCUGGCACGGACACGUUCACAUCACAGACAAAGACAGACAGACGGUGUUCAUCUCUCUCACGGUGAUCAGCCUGGUCGGCUGCUUCCUCUUCUUCCUGAUCCGGAAGCCGGACCGGCAGCCGUCUCCCUCCGAGGUGACCGAGUCCCUGCUGCAGGCCGAGUCCAUAGAGUCCGUCGAGAGUUCACCUCGCCCCGGCCUCUGCUCACAAGCUCUGGACGCUUUUCUUCAAGGGUGUAAGAUAUUUGUCACCAGAGAGAUGCUGCUGCUCAGCAUCUCCAUCGGAUACACAGGUUUGGAGCUCACCUUUUACAGCGGUGUGUACGGGACGUGUAUCGGAGCCAUGACGGGCUUCGGCAAAGAUGCGAAGAGUCUGAUCGGCAUCUCCGGGAUUUUCAUCGGCAUAGGCGAGAUCCUAGGAGGGGGCGUGUUUGGGAUGCUGAACAAGAGCCAGCGGUUCGGGAGGAACCCCGUGGUGCUGCUGGGCCUCGUCACUCACUUUGUCGCCUUCUACCUGAUUUUCCUGAACAUUGCCAGCGACGCUCCUCUGGCCCCGGAGGCGGGAACUGACCAGCAGGCCUACAUCACCCCGAGUGUUGCCGUGGCGAUGCUCUGCAGCUUCCUGCUGGGUUUGGGCGACAGCUGCUUCAACACUCAGCUCCUCAGCAUCAUCGGUUUGAUGUUCCGCGAAAACAGCGCUCCCGCCUUCGCCGUGUUCAAGUUCAUCCAGUCCAUCACGGCCGCGCUCGCCUUCUUCUACAGCAACUACCUGCUGCUGCACUGGCAGCUGCUCAUCCUGGUCGUGGCCGGUUUCCUGGGCUCCAUGUCGUUCUUCGUGGCCGAUUGGUUCGCCGAGUCCGCCAGGCGGCAGUCGGACUAUGACAGCAUCUGAUCUGGUGGGGCUGAGGAUGAGAGAGCACAGCUGAGGCAGCCAGGGAUGAUGAAGGUACCCCAGCUUCAUGCUGACAGACACUGACGGAGCCGGCACCAGAACCGAAUGUUCCUAUUGAUCUCAACAUUUAUCUGUAGCAAAUCUCAAGGCGUGUGGGGGUGGGGGGUGAUAUAUAUCUCAUUAAGUUUCAUCAUUAUGUGAAGAGUUCAUUAUUCAAUCAGGGCAAAAUACAAAGACACACUUGGCAUGAUGGGUAAAGAGUUAUUUAAGUAUCGAGCACUUAACUGGAGGCGUAAUGGGAAGGAAAAAGAACUAUGGUGAUGGAUCCGUCAGCUGCUCAGGUGAAGAUUCUUCAAUAAUAAGUCUGCUGUUAUUCUGUAGUUAGUUUUUUUUCCUCAAAAAGCCCCAUGAAGAGACCAGAGCAGACACUGAACGUGUGCCACUGGCGCACAUCAACGCCGCGUGUUUCUUAUUCCAUUGUUUCUAAAAGCUGCUGGGUCACACACACACACACACACACACACACACACACACACACACACACACACACACACACACACACACACACACACACACACACACACACACACACACACACACACACACACACACACACACACACACACACACACACACACACACACACACACACCUGCUGCCACAAAUAAUACAAAAAUGAAACUAUAUACCUCUGAGGUGUAGAACUACAAGCGCUAAGCGCGAUCCACUCCAAAAAUUGAAUGGGUUCUUCCUUUGGGUCGCGUCCCGCCACAGAAUCUCAUGGAAAUGGGUUCAGUAGUUUUGGAGUGAUGCUGCCGACAGACAGACGGAACCAGAGACGCAGACAGUUUGUACGAACUUCUUCUUUUUAUUCAAACGCCCUAAAAAACGACACAUUGAUGGAUUUGAUUACAGUAAAAAAAAAAAAAAAAACGGACUGACCCUUUAAAAGUUCCUCCGCUCUCGUGGGCCAUCGGAAGCAGCCGCACAAAUCCAGCCUGGGAACGCUGACGGAACGGCCGCCGCUGCCUCCACGCAUCAGUCGAACGAGGCCGUUGUGUUUGUGUCUCGACCGUCUGUCCGACGUCGUCAGCUCCUGUCACGAGGCGUCACAAUCGUGAGAAAGUCAUUAACCAGCUGAGCUUUUCUCUGCUGCGGCCGCCAGACGCGACUCUGCGGUUUAAAGACAUUUACAGAAGCGGUUUAAAGGGAAACGCCGGGAAACACAGUACGCUUCCUUUCUUUUAUUGUUGGAGAGUGAAACUUUGACCGUCUCUCUCUCGUGUUAUGCUGUUUUUUUUUCUUCUGUUGCUGCUGGUCCCUCAUCAUCAUAAACCAAGUCCUCCGUAAUUGGUUUAGCUGUAAUAAGAUCCAGAUGAUCCUCGACAUACCAGGAAACUUCUGAAAUCACAAGUGGGUGACUGCGUUUAGUUCAGAUUAAAAGAACCCACGGCUGUUUGGUUUGUGCCACAAAGAAAAAGAAAAUCAGUCCCUUUCUUCUUCUUCUUCUUCUUCUUCUUCUUCUUCUUCUUCUCCUUCGCUGCUGUUUCUCGCGUCUUUCAACUUUCGGGCGAAGGUUUCAAAACGGGUAAAUAAUCUGGUGACGACACUUCCAGAGUUUUUAAGCGACGUUCGUCUCUGGAGAUUAAGUGUCGGUGAAGUCGAGCCUCCAUCUUGGAGGAGGAAUUUUCCACGAGGUUUGACGGAGACGCCCGACGUCCCACGGGGUGAAUUUUUAAAUCACUUUGGUGACGAUGAAAUGAACAGACAGUCAGAAGAUCCAGAAACACAAUUUCCCAUAAUGCAAGUAGGCAUCAUCAUGUCUAUCCCGACCUCACGCAGCAGCUGACUGACGUUGUGGGAGGAAAUACGCUGAUGCACUUUGGUCAGAAACGCCGAACUGAAACGUAACGUUUUGUCUCUUUAGAGGAGGCUUCCACAGGACACGUUUCGUCAAGCGGACGCGACCUGACGCGACCCUGACGUGACCCUGACGUGACCCGGACGUGACCCGGACGCGACCCGGACGUGACCCUGACGCGACCCUGACGCGACCCUGACGCGACCCUGACGCGACCCUGACGCGACCCUGACGCCACCCUGACGCCACCCGGACGCGACCCUGACGCGACCCUGACGCGACCCUGACGCGACCCUGACGCGACCCGGACGCGACCCGGACGCGACCCUGACGCCACCCUGACGUCACCCUGACGCGACCCUGACGCGACCCGGACGCGACCCUGACGCCACCCUGACGCCACCCUGACGCCACCCUGACGCCACCCUGACGCGACCCGGACAUGACCCUGACGCGACCCGGACGCGACCCGGACGCCACCCUGACGUCACCCUGACGUCACCCUGACGCCACCCUGACGUCACCCUGACGCGACCCUGACGUGACCCUGACGUGACCCGGACGUGACCCGGACGCGACCCGGACGUGACCCUGACGCGACCCUGACGCGACCCUGACGCGACCCUGACGCGACCCUGACGCGACCCUGACGCCACCCUGACGCCACCCGGACGCGACCCUGACGCGACCCUGACGCGACCCUGACGCGACCCUGACGCGACCCGGACGCGACCCGGACGCGACCCUGACGCCACCCUGACGUCACCCUGACGCGACCCUGACGCGACCCGGACGCGACCCUGACGCCACCCUGACGCCACCCUGACGCCACCCUGACGCCACCCUGACGCGACCCGGACAUGACCCUGACGCGACCCGGACGCGACCCGGACGCCACCCUGACGUCACCCUGACGUCACCCUGACGCCACCCUGACGUCACCCUGACGCGACCCUGACGCGACCCUGACGCGACCCUGACGCGACCCGGACGCGACCCGGACGCGACCCUGACGCCACCCUGACGCCACCCUGACGCCACCCUGACGCGACCCGGACAUGACCCUGACGUGACCCGGACGUGACCCGGACGUGAUAAAUGCCGCCGAAGGGGAGGGACCGAACCGUGGACCUGAACUUUAAUCUUUCUCUGUUUUUUGUUUUAUCACAUUGGUCAUCGCAGCAGUACAGUGACUCUCUGUCUCGUCCUUUUCCUUUUUAAAUCUCCAGCGAACAUUCCCCUCGAGUCAUUUCUCAUUGCAAUCUGACCUGAUCGAACACUGACCCGAGGACGCGUCGUCUUUAACUGACAGCUCUAUGUUGCGGGAAAAAAGACAACACUGACCUGAUGCUGUAGUUUUGUUUUUUUUCUUCUUCUUCUUUUGUUGAAAGUGUCAAUUUAUGAAUGACAUCACAUAUUCUGUGUAAUUUAUUGCCAAAUGAAACGCGAGGAGUCGGGUUUUGCCCACGUUCUGUUUCAUCUUUCAUGCAACGGCAACGUAUGUAAUGUAUCUCAAGGAUAUUAAGGGAACUGCAUGUGUACUUUAAAGAUGAUUUUAUACUUGAAUGUUGUAAUUAAAAAAGACACCAACCUUUGCUUUGCUUGUUUUUAUCAUCAAUAAAAUGUUAUUUUGAA